AUGGAUCCUCCAAGCCCGCCUCACAACAUCGUCAUCGUGGGCGCGGGUAUUGCCGGCAUUGCCUGCGCGCUCGCCCUCUCUCACGAACUCUCACCAUUCGUGCCGGGUCUCAAAAUCACCGUUUAUGAACGACAUGAUAUCCUGUCGACAUCGGGUGGCGCCAUCAAUCUGACCCCGGUCGCUCAGCGACAUCUGGCGCUGCUGGGAGUCUUGGAUGAGCUGGAGCGCAUGGGGUCCGAUGGUGGAGCCGAGGUGAAUGCAGUCGAGCUCUUCUCGAUGCGCUCCGGUCGCUCGCUUGGUUCGAUCGACUUUGUUGAUCAUGAUGGAAACGGCUUUGGUGGGUACAAGGGCCGCCGUGUGAUGCGGAUUGCCCUCUCCGUGGCCAUGAUGACGGUGGUCGAGAGGACGCCGCACAUCAAUAUCAUCUUCGGCAAGAAAGUGGUCGGCGGCGAAGAACUUGGCGACCAAGCCGUCGUCCAUUUUCAGGACGGAUCGGAGGCCAUUGCCGAUCUUGUUCUGGGCUGUGAUGGGGCUCAUUCGGCAGUUCGCAACCGCUGGGUUGAUCCUGACAGCCCGUCUCAAUACACGGGCAUGUCUUUCCUCCAAGCCAAUAUCCCGUCGGACUCCUUGUCCUCUCCAAUCCAUUUUCAGUCCGCCGCCUUGAAUAUAUCCCGUCAUGGCUCGCUGUUGACGAGCUUUUGUGAUCGGGACCGUGAGCAAAUCUUUGCCGCCGCAAUCGUGCAGUUUGAUCAAGGCGAGUUGAGCUCGUACCGACUCGAGCCGGGCCAAGACUGGGCAACGCAGAAUCGCAUCCGUCGUGCUCUGCGCAGUGAGAUGCGAGACCGCUUCUCCAAAUCAGCGAUGCCCUGCAUUCGAGAAAUGGUGAAUAGCAGCGCGGAUUGGAUGCUCUAUCCGGUCUAUCAAGUCCGACCGGGAGGACAAUGGUAUGCCCCCCGGGACGAAUCGGCAUCAUAUGCGUUAGAUGAUGCCAUUCUCUUCGCGCGUAUUCUAGCGCGCUACCGUUCAGAACCCUUGUCAGAGGUUUUCGAUGUGUAUGAGCGGCUCCGUCGCGAUACGAUCAACCGUGCCUUCAAAGAAUCUCGCCGAAUGUGGGAUCGAAAUCGCGACAUGGGCCUGCUUGAAUGUCGACUCACAGAGUGGAUGACCCCCUUCUAUCUUCGUAGCCACCGCGAGGAGCGAGAGUCUGCAUGGGAGUUCGACGCUACCAAAAUCAUGCUCCCAACUCCAACCCCAAGUGAGGAUCUGGUGACGCUGCAUUCAUUUCUGAAGGAGCAUACCGUGUAG